UGAAUUAAAUGAGAGGCAGUUUAUUAUCAGUUCGAUCAGCUAAGAACAUUUCGGCAAUCCAUUCCGUGAAAGAGUGCAGGAGAUUUAAAAAUUGCUUUCAAUGCGCGCCAAGUUGGUCCUACGAUCUGUUUAUCUAGAUAGAGUAGCCUCAUAACUGAGCGACUGUUUCGCAUCUAAGCUAUGUGGACAUUAAUAUUAAAGAUUAUUGUUUUCUUUUGGCCCAAAAAAAAAAUGAAAAUAUACAAACAAAAGCUGCGUGACGCUUGGCUGCAAAUGCCCGAGUUCCGGCCAUGGUUGCGCCGGGACCCAGAAGACUCAUAUCGGGCGCAUUGCCGAUUCUGCAAGUGUGGCGUCAAUACCAAAAUAUGCGACUUGCGCGCCCAUGCACGUACCAUGAAGCACAGGAAGAGGAAUUCGGAGCCCGUCGUUGAGGCCAAGCCAAUCCAUAUGACUGACGCUGAGGAUGUGAUCGAGAUUUCCAUUUGCCACAGCAACGCCAGAAGCAGCCCCAAAGUUAAAUCGAAGGCGCCAGCCGUGAAGCGAGAAAGAAUCCGCAAAGUGGAAGAGGAGGAAAAGUCGCAGCCAAUUGACUACGAGCAGAUACUUCAAAAUCUGGCCCUUUACGAGCCCGAGCAGGUGAUGUUUUCCUCAUGUCCCCUGACGGGCCCAGAGCAUAAUCCUGAAGAAGAAGCCGAAACGGUAGUUGCCACCGAUACUGCAAUUGACGAGGAUAUGAUAAACAAGGCUGUGGCCAACGCAGUGAACAACCAAAAAGAUUCAUCGCAGAUUUUUGGAGACUUUGUGGCCGAUCGACUGCGCCAAUUGAGUAGUGACGCAUCCGAGUUUGCCAAGGAUAAGAUUAUGAAAACUAUUUUAGAAGCUGCUUCUAUAGACAGAGCAGUUAGCUAUAGUUAAGAUGAUUGGUUAAGUUUAGUUGUAAAAAUGAGUUUAGUUUAAAAAAUUAAAAACUAAAAUAAAAAAAGUGUUUUCCUUUUACAUUACCGCUGGUCACA